CGCGCCGUGGCCCGCGACGAAUUCCUGUGGAAGGAGCUUUUCUACCGCUACUACCGCGUGUCCCGGGACGUGCCGCGGCACCCAGGUGCGCUCCGGGCCGCGGGGCUCCUCGGGGGCCGGCGCCUGCCGUGAGCCCGCCACGGAGCCCGCGCUCCCCUCGCUCUGCCCGCCGCUGCCGGGUGCUGGAAGCCCCGAACCGCGGUGCCUCAGCUGUGCCACAGAGCCCUGGGCUGAGAUGUGCACGGAAAGGCCUCUGGGUCUGCCCAGACCCUUCAGAAAUGGGGGUCCAAGGGCUGAAAAUGCUUUGCCUUUCCCUUCUUUUCACAGAAACGUUUCCUGAGCUCUCUAGGCAGGUGCUCUCUGUAGCUGCUGUCCAAGGAGAUCCCGGCAGUUGCAGUGCUGUCUCGUGGUACGAUGAGUUCCAGAGGCUCUACGACACCAUCCCUUGUGUGGAGGUGCAGGCCCUGAAGGAGCAUAAUGACCAAGUUUUGCACCUGAGCUUCUCCCACUCUGGCUGCCUGUUUGCAUCAUGCUCCAAAGACUGCACGGUCAAGAUCUGGAGCAAUGAGCUGGACAUCGCCCUGCAGCACAGCUCCAACAUGAGGCCGUACAACUGGAGCUACACUCAGUUCUCCCAGUUCAACUCCGAUGACUCCCUCCUGCUGGUAUCCGGUGUCUUUGUGGGGCCUCACAACUCCUCCUCGGGGGAGAUUGCUGUCAUCAGCAUGGAGAACUUCACGCUGCUUUCCAGGGUGAGGAAUAAGCCCUAUGAUGUGUUUGGCUGCUGGCUGAACGAAACCAACUUGAUAUCAGGCAAUCUGCAUCGGAUUGGACGCAUAACCUCCUGCUCAGUGCUGUGGCUGAACAAUGCUUUCCAGGGUAUUGAGUCUGAGAAUGUGAAUGUAGUGAAGAGACUGUUCAAAAUCCAGAACCUGAAUGCCAGCACCAUCCGGACCGUGAUGGUGGCUGACUGCAGCCGCUACGAUUCCCCGGAUCUGCUCCUGGACUACGAGGAGCAGCUGGCUGCUUCCUCCACCUGCCCAGUCUUUGAUCUCGGCAGUGACAGUGAGGAAGAAGGGGCCAAGCCCAAGCCGCCUCCGGAGCCAGCCGUACAGGAAUUGCCAGAUGCCGGGGGUGUGCCAGCAGAGCAUGGGCUGCAGCAGCUCUUUGAUGGGAUCGUGGAGGGCCACGUGAGGCCUGCCAUGACCGAGACGGAGCUGGAGACAAAGGUGGCCGAGCUGUUUGUGCGAAACAGAACUAAACCGCCCGAGCCAAACCUGCUCCCCACAGACAGCAACAGCAAGACAAAGUACUUGAUCUUCACCACAGGAUGCCUCACCUACUCCCCGCACCAGAUAGGGAUUAAAAGGAUCCUGCCCCAUCAGAUGACGACCGCAGGGCCAGUGCUGGGGGAGGAGCGGCGCUCAGAUGAGUUCUUUGACUCCCUGGAUCACGUCAUCGACAUCCAUGGGCACAUCAUCGGCAUGGGCCUCUCCCCUGACCACCGGUACCUGUAUGUGAACAGCCGGGCCUGGCCACGGGACUGCGUCAUUUCAGAUCCGAUGCAGCCGCCUCCCAUCGCUGAGGAGAUCGACCUGCACGUGUUCGACCUGAAGACCAUGAAGGAGGUGAAGCGAGCGCUGCGCGCACACCGCGCCUACACACCCAACGAGGAGUGCUUCUUCAUCUUCCUGGACGUCAGCAGGGACUUUGUAGCGAGUGGGGCAGAGGAUCGACACGGCUACAUCUGGGACCGGCACUACAACAUCUGCCUGGCCAAGCUGCAGCAUGACAAUGUGGUGAACUCAGUGGCAUUCAGCCCAGUGGAGCAGGAGCUGCUGCUGACAGCCAGUGAUGACACCACCAUCAAGGUGUGGCGGUCCCCACGGGCCAUGCGCAUCCGGCAGGCCAGGAGGCCCCGGCCCAGGAAACUGCUCUUCUCCUGGCUCUUGAACCAGAAAAGCUGAACCUAGGUACAUCUGCUCCUGCAGCUUCCUCACUGCAGCACCUCCUUCUGAGCUCACAGAGCCCUGAGCCCUGCACAGAGAUGAGCUCUAGGCACACAAAUCCUACGGCUGAGCCAGGAGGGGCCCUGGCAGCGGGAAUCGCCUCCUCCUUGAAGCAUCGCCUUCAGACAGGACAUAAGAGCUGGGGCCCUGUUGUGGUUCUGUUGGGCAGCAGCUGAGCUGGUCACUGCAGGGUGGGCUCCCACAGCUUCUCACCAGCAUUGCUACUUGGGCAUAGCUCUCUGGGUGAGCUCUGGGCACAGGGGACACUGAGGCACGUUCAGUGUAGGUCUGUGUGAGCUGGGGACGUGGCCAGACACACUGGGAGCUGCCAGCUGCAGACUGCUUGGCAGGAGCCAUGGUGCAGCUGUGCUGCCUGACUGCAGGACUCUUAAUACUGGCAUUUUAUUAAUGUGUGUUUGUCCCAAAGCUCCAAGGGCAACUCGUCUGGCUGCUCUGGAAUGUCAAGUGCCUCUUCCCCAUGGCACCUCUGCCCAAGAGGGCAGCAGGAACGGGGGGCAGUGAGGGGGCAGCAGGGCCAGGGCUGGGAGCCCGACUGGCCCCAGGGUCUGUGUAUUGGUAUU